AAAGGCGGUUAGGGCAAGGAGGCGAGAGCGAGCUAUUCGGCAAACCCCUAAACCCUCAGAGUCACAGCGUUCUCCCCAAAUCCAAUAUUUAUCUCGCUCUCUCUCUCUCUCUUUCUUUCUCUCGCUGUCUCACGCAGACUGUGUGGAGGUGUGUAACCUUCUCGGCCCUAACAGAGAGGCACGGGAGAGAGAGGAGAGAGGCGCAUAGUGGAAGAGAGAGAGCAGAAUCGCGUGGAUAGACCGUGGAAUCUUUGAAUCACACAAAGUUUGAAGACGAGACUUUUAACUUGAACUAUUUGCGUGCUUCGUACGGUCUAUCCUCGCCCGCCUCUGCUUCUCCCGCUUUCUGUUGAAUCGCAGACCAGUUCUCCUUGCCCAUCCGUCUAUCUGAAUCCCCUCAUCAUUUUUUCCAAUUGUUUCUUUUCUUUUCCUUUUUGUUUUGUUUUGUCUUGUUUUAUUUCACUUUUGUUUUGUUUUACAAAAGAAGGAAAGAGCAGAAAGCAGAAAGAUGAAAGAUCUUUAUUUAAUUUAGUUUGGUUUGGUUUGGUUUGGUUAGAAUCGUUAGAUAGAUAGAUAGAUAGAGAGUGUAAUGGAAGGUGAGAUAAUGAAUAAGGGGGUGUCGGGGAGCGAAGCUUACUGGCUUGAUGCCUGUGAGGACAUUCCCUGCGACCUUGAUUUCCCUGAGUUUGAAAGUAAUAUUGUUUCUGAAUCGGCGGAUGCUCCUUCCAAUCCGGACGGCGUGGGUGAUUUCUUUGGAGGAAUUGAUCGCAUUCUUGACAGUAUAAAAAAUGGCACCGGCCUCACUCCUGUUGUUGAUGAAGGCACGACUGGAAUUCCUGAUUGCGCCGUUUCCCAGACCUGGUUUCAGACUGAGAAUGUCGCAGUUGGGGCUUCCAAUUUGCAACUUCAUCACUCAUUUGGUGUAUCUGAUGUGUCCCCAAAUGACACUAAUGGCACUAAAAGGCGGUCUGAUGAUGGGUGCCAGUUUCAUGAAGCUGAUAAUGGAAAAAUGUCAUUGGAUGGUAAAGCAGAAUCGAAAUUGGUUCAUUCUCCCAAGGGAAAUGGAGUAAAAAAGCAUGAAAAUCGGCCUAAUGAUGCCUCAAGGGAUCGGGAUUUUGAUGACCAAGAAAGGUAUAGCAAAAGGGCUCGACUUGGUGACUCAAAGAAUGAUAGGCAUUAUUCAACCAGAGGGCAAUAUCAACCCAGGGAAAGGUCCUCUUGCAGGAAGAGAAGUCGCAAUUGGGAGGAGUUUGAUCGGAGAGAUGGGGAUCAAAUUAGGAGAAAAGAACAUUACGGUAGCAGGAGGGAAAGUAGAGACAGGGAGUGGAGGGACAGAGAAGCCAAGGGUUAUUGGGAGAGGGAUCGGUUAGGGUCUAAAGAGAUGAUUUUUCACCUGGGUUCUUGGGAAGCUGAAAGGAAUAGAGAAGGCAAGAUGGGAACGGAGAAAAACCAGGAAUGCAAUGGAAGUGUGACAGAGAGGAGACUCGAGGAGCCUAAGGAGAAACUUCCUGAAGAGCAAGCCCGACAGUAUCAACUGGAUGUUCUUGAACAAGCAAAGAAGAGAAAUACAAUAGCUUUUCUUGAGACAGGGGCCGGGAAAACGCUUAUUGCUGUCCUUCUCAUCAGAAGUGUUUUCAAUGAUUUGCAAGGACAAAACAAGAAAUUGCUUGCUGUCUUUUUGGUACCAAAAGUUCCACUUGUUUAUCAGCAAGCAGAAGUUAUUCGUGAGCGAACUGGUUACCAGGUGGGUCAUUACUGUGGUGAAAUGGGUCAAGAUUUCUGGGAUGCUCGAAGGUGGCAGCGCGAGUUUGAAACAAAACAUGUUUUAGUGAUGACAGCUCAAAUUCUGCUGAACAUUCUGAGGCAUAGCAUAAUAAAAAUGGAAGCGAUUAAUCUUCUCAUUCUGGAUGAGUGUCAUCAUGCAGUGAAGAAACAUCCUUAUUCCUUAGUGAUGUCGGAGUUCUAUCAUACAACUCCGAAGGAGAAGAGGCCAUCUGUUUUUGGGAUGACUGCUUCUCCUGUUAACUUGAAAGGUGUUUCCAGCCAAGUGGAUUGUGCAAUAAAGAUUCGUAAUCUUGAAAGCAAACUAGAUUCCAUAGUUUGUACAAUAAAAGACCGCAAAGAGUUGGAAAAACAUGUGCCAAUGCCCUCAGAAAUUGUGGUUGAGUAUGACAAAGCUGCCACCUUGUGGUCCCUUCAUGAACAAAUAAAACAAAUGGAACUAGCAGUUGAGGAAGCUGCUCAAUCUAGUUCUAGGAGAAGUAAAUGGCAAUUUAUGGGAGCCAGAGAUGCUGGGGCAAAGGAAGAGCUGCGCCAAGUUUAUGGUGUUUCUGAAAGAACCGAGAGUGAUGGGGCUGCUAAUUUGAUUCAAAAGUUGAGGGCCAUUAACUAUGCACUUGGUGAACUGGGACAGUGGUGUGCGUUCAAGGUUGCUCACUCUUUCUUGACAGCUUUACAAAAUGAUGAGAGGGCAAACUACCAGCUUGAUGUCAAGUUUCAAGAAUCCUACUUGAAUAAAGUUGUAUCUCUCUUACAAUGCCAAUUAUCAGAGGGAGCUGUUUCUGACAAGGAUAAAAAAGUAGUGGACACUGAGACUAGUGUUAGUGUGGAUGGGAGUGCUAUUGAAGAGAUUGAGGAGGGAGAGCUGCCUAACAGUCAUGUUGUCUCUGGUGGAGAGCAUGUGGAUGUAAUAAUAGGGGCUGCCGUGGCAGAUGGAAAAGUGACUCCAAAAGUGCAGUCACUGGUUAAAAUACUUCUGAAGUAUCAACAGACAGAGGAUUUCCGUGCAAUCAUCUUUGUUGAGCGAGUGGUGGCUGCAUUGGUUCUUCCUAAGGUUUUUGUAGAGCUUCCUUCUCUAAGUUUUAUUAAGUGUGCUAGCCUGAUUGGGCACAAUAACAGUCAGGAAAUGAGGACUUGCCAGAUGCAGGACACGAUUGCCAAAUUCCGAGAUGGACGUGUGACAUUAUUAGUUGCCACUAGUGUUGCCGAGGAAGGACUUGAUAUUCGGCAAUGCAAUGUUGUUAUUCGAUUUGACCUUGCAAAAACUGUCUUAGCAUACAUCCAAUCUAGGGGCCGUGCAAGAAAGCCUGGGUCUGAUUACAUCUUGAUGGUUGAGAGGGGAAAUUUGUCACAUGGAGCAUUUUUGAGGAAUGCUAGGAAUAGUGAGGAGACCUUGCGAAAGGAGGCAAUUGAGAGAACCGACCUUAGUCAUCUUAAGGGUACAUCAAGGUUAAUUUCAGUGGAUACAACACCAGGUACUGUCUACCAGGUGGAGUCCACUGGUGCUAUUGUGAGUUUAAAUUCUGCUGUUGGACUUAUCCAUUUCUAUUGCUCUCAGCUACCCAGUGACAGGUAUUCAAUACUUCGUCCUGAGUUUAUUAUGGAGCGGCAUGAGAAACCAGGAGGUCCUACUGAAUAUUCAUGCAAGCUUCAACUGCCCUGUAAUGCACCAUUUGAAAAACUUGAGGGUCCAGUAUGCAGUUCAAUGCGCCUUGCACAACAGGCUGUUUGUUUGGCUGCUUGUAAGAAGCUUCAUGAGAUGGGGGCAUUUACUGACAUGCUCUUGCCAGACAAGGGAAGUGGGGAAGAAGGAGAAAAGGUUGACCAGAAUGAUGAAGGAGAUCCACUUCCUGGGACUGCUAGGCAUAGGGAGUUCUAUCCUGAAGGUGUGGCUAAUGUUCUCCAGGGAGAAUGGAUUUUAUUGGGGAAGGAUGGUUGCAACAGCUCCAGAUUGGUUCAUUUGUAUAUGUAUGCAGUUAAAUGUGUAAAUUUCGGCUCCUCAAAAGAUCCAUUCUUAACUCAAGUUUCAGAUUUUGUAGUACUUUUCGGCAAUGAGCUGGAUGCAGAGGUGUUAUCGAUCUCGAUGGAUCUCUUUAUUGCUCGAACCAUGGUAACAAAGGCAUCUCUUGUCUUCUGGGGACCAAUAGAUAUUACAGAGGGUCAGUUGGCAUCCCUUAAGAGUUUUCAUGUAAGAUUGAUGAGCAUUGUACUGGAUGUGGAUGUUGAGCCUUCCACCACUCCAUGGGAUCCAGCAAAAGCAUAUUUGUUUGUCCCUGUGGUUGGCGAUAAGUCUGAAGAUCCUAUAAGACAAAUUGAUUGGGAUCUUGUUGAAAGAAUAAUCAGGACAGAUGGAUGGAGCAAUCCCCUUCAAAGAGCUCGGCCAGAUGUUUACCUUGGCACAAAUGAGCGGACACUAGGUGGAGACCGAAGGGAGUAUGGUUUUGGAAAAUUGCGACAUGGCAUGGCUUUUGGACAGAAGUCUCAUCCCACCUAUGGUAUCAGAGGAGCUGUAGCUCAGUAUGAUGUCGUGAGAGCUUCUGGAUUGGUUCCAAAUCGGGAAACCAUUGAAAUGAUGAAGGGUGAGGAUUUGACCAAAGGCAAGCUGAUGAUGGCUGGUACUCAGACCAGUGCAGAAGAUCUGGUGGGGCGAAUUGUAACGGCUGCACACUCAGGAAAGAGGUUUUAUGUGGAUUCUGUACGGUAUGAUAUGACAGCAGAGAACUCAUUCCCGAGGAAAGAAGGUUAUCUUGGUCCUUUGGAGUACAGCUCAUAUGCUGACUACUAUAGGCAGAAAUACGGUGUCGAAUUGAUUUAUAAGCAACAACCUCUGAUAAGAGGACGGGGUGUUUCAUACUGUAAGAAUCUCCUGUCCCCUCGGUUUGAACACUCAGAAGCACAUGAAGGCGAAUCUGAUGAGACUCUUGACAAAACAUACUAUGUAUUCCUCCCACCUGAGCUGUGUUUUGUACAUCCACUUCCUGGAUCACUUGUUCGAAGUGCCCAGAGAUUGCCCUCAAUAAUGAGGAGGGUUGAAAGUAUGCUGCUUGCGGUCCAGCUAAAAGAUGUAAUUAAUUAUCCUGUUCCUGCUGCAAAGAUCUUGGAAGCCUUGACUGCUGCUUCAUGUCAAGAGACAUUCUGCUAUGAAAGAGCAGAACUUCUGGGAGAUGCUUACCUGAAGUGGGUUGUUAGUCGAUUUCUAUUUCUUAAGUACCCCCAGAAACACGAGGGACAGCUCACUAGGAUGCGACAACAAAUGGUGAGUAAUAUGGUCCUUUAUCAGUCUGCAUUGUGUAAAGGACUUCAAUCAUACAUCCAAGCAGAUCGCUUUGCUCCAUCUAGAUGGGCUGCUCCUGGGGUGCUUCCUGUCUUUGAUGAAGAUACCAAAGAGACAGAAUCAUCCUUAUUUGACCAUGAAAGACCAUUUUCUGAGACUGCACCAGGCAAUGAUCGUCAUGGUGAUGGAUAUGAUGAUGAUGAAAUGGAAGAUGGUGAGCUUGAGAGUGAUUCAAGUUCUUAUAGGGUCCUCUCUAGCAAGACACUUGCAGAUGUAGUUGAAGCUCUGAUUGGAGUUUAUUAUGUUGAAGGUGGGAAGAAUGCUGCUAACCACCUCAUGAAAUGGAUUGGGAUCCAAGUAGAGUUUGAUCCUGAGGAUAUAGUGUGCGCAACUGGGCCAUGCAAUGUUCCAGAGAGCAUACUCAGGAGUGUUAACUUUGAUACUUUAGAAGGUGCCUUAAACAUUAAGUUUAACAACAGAGGCCUGUUAAUAGAAGCCAUUACUCAUGCUUCACGGCCAUCUUCUGGAGUCUCCUGUUAUCAGCGGUUGGAGUUUGUUGGAGAUGCAGUCUUGGAUCAUCUCAUUACAAGGCACUUGUUCUUCACAUACACAGACCUGCCCCCAGGCCGGUUGACCGACUUGCGGGCUGCUGCCGUAAACAAUGAAAACUUUGCUCGUGUCGCAGUUAAACAUAAGCUCCACAUUCACCUUCGGCAUGGGUCGAGUGCCCUUGAAAAACAGAUUCGGGACUUUGUGAAGGAAGUUCAAGAUGAAUUAUCAAAACCAGGGUUCAACUCCUUUGGUUUGGGAGAUUGCAAAGCUCCAAAAGUUCUUGGUGAUAUUGUUGAAUCUAUCGCUGGUGCUAUUUUCCUCGACAGUGGACGCGAUACUGCUGUGGUCUGGAAGGUUUUCCAACCUUUGUUGCAUCCAAUGGUUACUCCAGAAACACUCCCAAUGCAUCCUGUGAGGGAGCUGCAAGAAAGAUGCCAACAACAGGCUGAGGGCUUGGAGUACAAAGCCACUCGAAGUGGCAAUUUGGCUACUGUUGAAGUAUUCAUUGAUGGUGUCCAGAUUGGGAUUGCUCAGAAUCCACAGAAGAAGAUGGCACAGAAACUAGCUGCUAGAAAUGCUCUUGUUGUUUUAAAAGAAAGGGAAACAGCUGAAGCUAAGGAGGGUGAUGAUGAGAAUGGGAAGAAAAAGAAGAAUGGUAGCCAAACAUUUACAAGACAAACAUUGAACGAUAUCUGCUUGCGAAGAAAUUGGCCCAUGCCAGUCUACCGGUGUGUGAAUGAGGGCGGUCCUGCACAUGCCAAGAGAUUUACAUUUGCUGUGAGGGUGAAUACAAAUGAUAAGGGAUGGACGGAUGAAUGCAUAGGAGAGCCAAUGCCCAGUGUGAAGAAGGCCAAGGACUCUGCUGCGGUUCUGCUUUUGGAACUUCUAAAUAAAUGGUACACCUGAUUUCGUUUAGGAUCGAGAAUCAGUUCUCCUUGUAACUGGAUGAAGCUGCUCUGCAUGUAACUUUAUGCUGUUUCUCCUAGGAACUGUUUUUUUUUUUUUUCUUCUAAUUAUCAGAAACAAACAAAAUAUGUAUUAAUUAUAAAUAAAAGUUUAUGAGAAGGACUAAGAGUCUUUCUCACAAUUACAAAAACCUGAUAAAAUAAUGGAGACUUGUACAAAAUAGGUUUAGCCCACGUAAGAAUAUACAAAGAUGGUAUCUCCUCAAACCCAAACAAGGCUCCUCUUGUUAUUUGAGCCUUUUUUUAUACACAUCAAAUGUUAGUUGGGCUCAAUGGCAUUGAGGGGAAUGCUUUACGAAGAGUUGGUAUAAGAUACCUAGAAAGAGGAAUAGAAGUUAUGUAAAUCUCACAUUCUUUUAUGACCUUCACUUGUCCUCAAAUAUCUUAGCAUUUUUUCUUUUGA